AUGGGAAGAGGCAUCAAGGAGUCUUACAAUUUAAGACAUAGAUAUUUGGAUAAAAGGAAAGAAGAAAAUUUAAAUGUUUUAAAGAGUCCUAGAAACAAAAUAAUAUGUAAGAAGGAAACAUCAGUUGCAAACACGUCCACCCUUUCAUGGGAAAAUAAGGACGAAUGCAACAAAAAUACAAUCACAAACGCAAGAAAAGCAAAGUUACAGAAGGGGGAUGAUCUAAGAAAAAAUCAGGAAUCAGUUGAAGAAAAUAGUAAACGUAAGGAUAUGAUCAAAUAUAUAAGUAAAGAGAAAAGCACUGAUAAAUUAGGUAAAAAUGAUGAAGAUGAUAAAAAUGAAAAGAGCAGUAAAAAAUACACAAACAGUGCUUCUGAGGGAUCAGACAGCAAUAAGAAAGGCUACAAAAAUAAAAAGUAUCAGUUGAACAAAUCUGAAGAAAAUGAUGAUAAUGUAGAAGUGUAUAGCUAUGAAUGUACAGAAGAGUAUGAACUCGCUGAAAACAGAAAUAAAAAAAAAAUCCAUUCAGAUGAUAAUAUUAUGGAUCGAAAUAGCUUAACAAUGCAUAAUCAGAAUUAUAUCAAAUUACAUAAUCACUCAGAUUUUACCAAGAAUAAGAUAAAUGUAAAUCUCUAUAAAGAAGAAAAGGACAUUGAUGUUAAUAGCAAUAAAGCAAAUAAUUAUGAAGAGGAAAAUGUUUACAAUCCUUUAGAUAAAACUGGGUGGUUCAAUGAACAUAAUACUACUAAUAAAUCUGCUAACACAGCAUAUGGCUGUAGCAGAAUAGUUCAAAGUAACUUUAUAACAAAGGAUGAACGGGAAACGUACAGUCAUAAUAUAAACAACGUUUAUUACAGAAGAAGCUGUAAUGGCGAACACAAUUUUAAUGAAUCCAUAAAUAAUAAUAUUAUACGUACAAAUUUAAAUGCACAACUAUAUGAUCAUAUCAAAGGUGAUAACUACUAUUAUAAUAAAAAAAAGGUUUAUAAUGUUGUAGAAAAUAAUUUCCACAGUGACAAAAAAAUGAAUGAGAAGAUUCCUAACAAUAGAUACAACUUACGCUCCAGUGACAAUGUAUAUACAACUAACAGAAAACAAGAAAAUAACAUAAUCAGAAGUGUAACAACCACCAAUGAAAAUAAUUUAUCAUCGAUACAGAAUAGCAUUUUAAUGGAUGAUUACAAUAUGAUAAAUGAAAAAACAUAUGUGAAGAAAAAACAAAAUGUACAUAAUGUAAAUAAAAUGUGCUUUCAGAAUGAAUAUCCUGACAAUUUGAUAAAUGAAAAAAAGUUAAACAGGAACUAUUAUUGCCCAGAAUAUAUUAAAAAGAAGUUAAAUGAAUUAACAAAUGAUAUUUUACAAUUUAUGGACAUGAACGAAAAAGAAAGUAAUGAUAUACAUAGUAAACACGUGAACCAUGAGCCACAAAUGCAUAAAACAGUUCUCAAGAACAAUAAUCAUUAUGAUCAAAUUAAUAAUAACAGAAUGGUAGAAAAUAUAAACAAUUUUGAUAGUAACGAAAAAAAAAAUAACAAUUAUAAGAAUAUACAAACCUGUAAAAGUCAUCUAAUAAAUGAUAAUCUAAAAAAUUUAAAUGAUGAAGAUGUAUCUCACACGAACCUGAGAAAUUAUAUUUCGACUAAGAGUUUUGAGAGAAGAGAAAAAUAUAUUUGUACAAGUAGUAGUAACAACCAGAACCGUAGCAACAGCUACCAUACCCGAAAUGAUUCAGAUGCCUCAGAAGCUUAUAGUAGUAGUCAUAACAAUAGAUACAAUGACAAUUGCUACAAUAAUACCUGCAACAACAAUAAUAAUGUUAGAAGUGCUAAUAUCAGAAGUGGCAAUGAAGAUGUCGAUGAUAGCGACGGUGAUAAGAAUGGUGAUGGUGACGACGAUGGAAGAAAAGACAGGUGUUAUGAUGAAAAGAACAACAACGAUGAUUACGAUAACUAUUUCAAUGCAGAAAAUGGCACACGCGUUGAUAAUUUCAAAAAUUUUCAGAAAACGAAUGAUGUAGAUUGUCACGAGCAGCCGAUCAAGAAAACCACGUUCUAUAGUAUGGGUCCUCCGUACGAAGAAGUAGAAAGUUCGCACAAAAAAAUGCUGAAUAAACACACGAUUUUUUCAAGAGAUCUACAAAACAAAUUUUGUUCACAGAAAAAUGAAAAAGAAAAUAGUCCAAAUAAUAAAUAUACAGAAAAAGGCAGAUAUGUACGAAAUGAUGAUAAUGUUAAUGAUGAUAUAAUGUUACCCAUUAAUAAAUUUCCAAAAAAAAUAAGGGAAUCUCAUAAUUGGGAUAAAGAAGAUUGUGAAAUAAUAAACUCGUUGAACGAAAUAGUAUGUGAAGUAAAAAAGAAAAGCAAUAUGUUUGUAAGUAGUUAUAAGAAUAGGGAAAUGUCAACAGAUAAUAACAAUAAUAGCAACAAUAACCAUAGCAAUAAUAACAAUAAGAGUAAUAACAAUAAUAAUAAUAAUGACUUGUUAAGGAGCAAAAUAGAUAGUAACAUUUUCAGUGGCAUAAACAAGAGUGGCAAUGAUUUGAAAAACGCGCAUCUUCUGAAUUGUGAAGAUAAUUUUUUGAAAAAAAAAACUAAUGCAGAUUAUGCGAAUAAUUAUAUACACACACAGAAAAUGGUCAGUAAUCAUGCAUCACUUUUGAAACAUGCUUCUAAUUUGAGAUUAAGAUAUAAUUCUUUGCAUCGGGACGUAAAUAUUCCUGAUUGUUUUGGAUAUAUAAACUACAAAAAUUGUUAUAUAGAUGAUAUCAAGGAUGUGAACGCCAACUUGAGAGAGCAUGGUAAUGAGAAAUCUCUUUUGGGGAAGGAUAAAUGUCCUACAAAUUACGACAAAGUGAACAAUUUAAAAAUGAACAGGGUCAGAUCCGAACAAGAAGACACAGAGGAUUCCAUUAAUUGUGUAUCCUUCCACACUGGCAAAAAUUUUAAAAUCAUUCGAAGCAAUUCUUUUGCAUAUAGCAAUGACUAUAUUCGUAAAAAUAAAAUAAAAGAAAACAACUAUUCGAAAAAAAUAUUGCAAAAUCAUGUAGAAUAUAAUAUAGACAAUAAUUUUAUAUCUACUAAGAAAAAAGAAAAUAUUAAUAUUCAUGAAGAUCCCUUUAAUGAGCAUCCAAAAUUAAGAGACCAAUAUGUGAACGAAAAACAUGAUGAUAAGGAUAACCUAUCAGGUAGCAACAUUUGCAAUAAAUUUAGAAGAACAGAAAAAUCAAAGGAAUUUCAGUACAUACAAAAAAACAAGACUAACAACCACACUUUUGAUAAUUCUCUUAUUAAUUCUUACCUUUAUUUAAAAAAUGAAUUAAAGGACAUGGAUGAUAUUCAUUCAUCCAUGUCAAAUGGAAUAAAAACGAAAGAAAAAUUGUUACAAAAUAGGAAUUUAUCAACAAAAAGUAUGACUAUUCUACAAAAUGAAAAUCACUACAACAGCAGCAGCUGUAGAGAAAAUAAUCAUUUAAUGAAUCACUAUCACAGAAUGAUGAAAUCAGAUAGUAGUAAUAUAGAAAAAGAGAUGAACAAAACAAAGUUAUGUAAAAGGAACAAAUAUAGUUACAAAAAUUCUGCUGAAUAUAACGAAUAUGCAAAUAAUGAUAUAGUUAUAGAGGAUGAUACAAUAGAAGAUGAUGCAUAUUAUGGAAAUAUUCAUGAAAAUGAAAAAAUGACUUUCAACAGAAACCAUGUCAUUAAAAAGGCCAAUACAGUUUCCACAAAAUAUUAUACUGAAAAAAGAAAUAGUUAUGAAUACACUGAAGAUGGAAAUUUUACUUAUAGUGAAAAUAACAAUCAAUCUGAAAAAAAACCAUCUUAUUUAAUAAUAAACAAUGCUAUCGAUAAGAAUGAUCAAAUGAAUUACAUGUCAUUUCAUCGUGAGUAUGCAUUAUAUAAACGUGGUUUAUUAGAUGUAAAUGGUGCACCUAGAACUUUCAUAAGCAGUGACAAGAAAAAGGGCAUUUAUGGAAAAGCAACAGCAACUGAAGCAGCAGCAGCAGGAGAAACAGAAAAUGAUAACAUUGAACAAGUGAUUUCUAGUGAUGUAGAGACAACUGAUGCUACACCAAAUUGGGAUGAUUACAAUGCAGAAAACAGAAAAAACAAUUAUCAUGGAAAGAACAGGAGAAAUAAUGAGGAAAUACUUAACAAAUUCAGCACUAGGAAGAAGACGACAAUUUUCUCUGAAUUUAUGAAUAAUAGCAAAACAUUAAGAAAUAACUAUAUCACGAGAAGCAAAUCUAAUAAUGAUAUUAAGUACAACUAUUCAGAUCACAGUAGUGAUUCUAUUUAUGACUGGAAAAGAAGAAGCAUGUUGUAUGAAUAUGGCUCAGUGGGUAGAAAACAAUUGGUAAAACAAGAGAGAUCAGAAGAAAUAGAACCAACUAUAAGGAAAAGACGAAAAAUGAAAUCAUUAAAUGGUAUUGAUAUAGAUUAUCAAGAUGAAGACUUAAUGGAGAAAGGAAAGAAACCGAAAAAAAAAAGUUUUAUGAUUACGAAUGAAAAAAAAAAUUUUAGUAGUUCUAAAAAUGGGAAUACUGACAGAAUAGAAAGUAGAAGUAGGAGCAAUAGUAGUGAUGACAAAAGUGUCAAAAGUUUUGAUUUGUUUGCAUAUGAUCAUAUAGAUGAGGAGGACUCUCUCGACAUAAGGAACGAUGAAUUUCAUGAUAAUGAUCUUACCUGUGAUAAUUUAAAUUAUGAGAAAGGGAAAAUAAAGCAAUAUAGACAAAGGAUUACAAUACCUGAAUAUAAUUCAGGUAUAAAAUCCACUAAUAUGAAGAGUAAUAGAUUAGGGUACACGGAUUAUUAUAGAAAUUAUGACUCUAUUCAAUGUGUAAAAGGAGAUUUAUUGAAAAACGAAAAUUUUCCAUUUAUAUUUUACGAUUCGAAUAUUAGAAAUUUAGUUAUAUAUUACAAAGAUAAUUAUAGCAAUGAAAUUAAAUGCAAAUAUUUCUCAGCCCAAAGAUUUGGACACGCAACAGCCAAAAAAAUUGCACUAGAUUUUUUAAGAUCAUUAGGAAUUAAUCCAGAUCAUUUAGAAAAUAAUAGUGUGUUUUCAUAUGAAAAAGAUUCUAAAAGUAAAUUAGUUAAUAUGGCAAGAGGAAGAAAAGCAUAUAUGGAUAAAGAAGAAAAUUCAAACAUUGAUAUUACAUAUGAUAAAAAAAAAAGAAAUGUAAUCGUUUCUUGGAUUAAUAAAGUGAAAGGAUAUAGCAUGAGGAAAUUUUCAACACAAAGAUUCGGAUUUGAUGUAGCUUUAUCCUUAUCCAUUGAUUUUUAUAAAAAUUUAGGAGGAGAAAAAAAAGAAGAAGAAAUACGAAGAUAUGUUAAUACGGUUAAUUCAAAUUUUAAAAGUAUUCGAAUACCAACAAGUAAGAGAAAUAAAAGAAAGUUAAAAAAUAAAAAGAAAGAUGUUACAAGAGAGCAUAUAAAUAUAUAUUCAAAUAGCGAUGCAAGUACGUAUGAAGACAGUUCUUUAUCCCAUUUCUGCGUUAACAAUGUAAAGUAUAACGUAGAAAAUAUGAAAGAUCAAAGUACAAGAAACGGAAUAGACACCAGUCACAAUAUGCAUAAUAAUACUAAUUUGUUUAACAGAACAGAUAAAUUUUAUCAAGAUUUUGAAUGCAAAUUCAAUUUUUUACACAUGGAACAAGUAAAAUUAGAUAGAAUUUACCAAUAUGAUUUUUUUUUAAAUAAAACCUUUUAUUUUUUAUAUUUAAAAUAUUUAGAAAAUGUCAAAUCGGCAUUAUGCGAUGAAAAUUUUCAUAUUUUCACAACAAUGAGUGAUCAUGUUAGUAUGCGUAAUUAUGUAAAGUCAAGGUACAAGAGGAAAUUAAAAAGUGUUUAUCAGCACCCGAAGGAAUCUAUAACGAAUUACUUUCAAAUUGUGGACUUCUAUUGUGAUAUCGGUAUGUACAGGAAAUGCAAAAAUGGGAAUAUGAAUUACUUCAUGAGUAAAAUGAGUUUCUACAAAGAUGAGGAUAUUUUUAUGAAAGGUUAUUAUACCUCAGAUGAUACCAAAAUGUAUGACUUCUUUUUCCUUUCCAAUAGUCGUAAACAUAGAUUAGAACAGACAGAGCAGGAGAAACACGACGAUACAUCAUUGGCAAAUCGGAAGGACAGCCAUUAUUACGAACGUAUGUACCGUGAAAAAAACUAUCACAAUAAUUUAUUUAAGAAAGAAGAGAAUAAUGGAGAAAUUGACUCGAACAGAUUAAGUCAAAUGCAAAAGCGGAAUGAAAGAAUAAAAAGAAAUACAAAUAUAGAAAAAGGAAAAAACCUCAGGAACCCUCAUUUUUAUAACAAUAAUUGGAACGAUAACUUAAAUGAUGAUAGGAAUGACAGAUAUAACACUAGCGGUAGCAACUGUAGUAAUAAUGACUCUGGUAACAAUAAAAAAUAUAAGAAACAGAAAAAAUCACAUAAUCACAAUGAUUAUAUGAAUGAACAUGUCAUAGAAUUUUGUAAUGAAAAAGGAAAAGACAUUAGAAAAAGAAAGGUAUCCAAAAAUAGAAAAAAUAAUAAAACUAAAGGAAGGAGAGGAAAGGUCAACACGUUAGUAAGAAAAAAUUCCACUAUGUAUUGUAAAAAAAGUGAAAUUGUUUAUGAGCAAGGGAACGAAGAUAGGAAGAUGAAAAGAGGCGAAAAUGGAGAGAAAGUAUUACGAAAUCUAGCUAGCUGCAAAAAGAAUAACAUAGAAAAGAAUAAAAUCAAAAGUAGUUCAACUGGAAGAGGGAAAAAUAAAGGAGCUCAUAGAGGAACUAACAAGAAGAAGGCUCAUAAAGGCACCAAUAAACGGAUUCAUAAAAGGACAAUUAAAAAUUUGAGAAAAGAAACAAGUAAAGGAAUCACAAGAGGAAUCCACAAAGGUAAUCGUAAAGAACAACAUAACAUGACAUAUUUAAAAAACAAAAAAUUUUCAUCAACAAACAAAAAUAUAAGCAAUUUAUUUAUGAAAGGAAGAAAAUAUAUUGUAUGCUACAAUUUUAUGGGAAAAAUUCAGGUCAAGGUGUUCAGUGCUGAUAUAUAUGGUGUCAUGACUGCUCAAAGAAAAUCAGUUGUAUUUUUACAACAAGUUAGGAAAGAAUUAAAUAGUGAAGGUAAAAUUUUAUACAGUGAAAAUGAUAGUAAAACUGCAUAUGAUGUAACAAUAUCCUUAAUGAAAUCGGAGGUUUUAAAUCCUCCUGAACAUGUCAUUACUACGAUGAAUAAGACUACUCCAUGUAUAGGUCCAUCGGUGCAAAUUAACAGUGUGCUAGCCAAAAAAGGGAGAGGAAGAAGGAAAAAAGUAGAGGAUCUAGUCGAAGUUGUUGGAAAUGUACAUCUGAAAAAGAUGAACCAAGUCCUGGAAAAACAUACAAAACAAGAGGAGGCAAAACACGAAAUGAAUCAUCUAGAGAAGAAAUAUUCCAGGGGAAAAACAUACAUUGGAAGAAAUAAAGAAAACGAAAUGAUCAUCCAAAAAAAUGAUACAAAUGAUGUAUAUAUGAAAAAUUAUGAACAGAAUAAUUCCAAAGAUGAUACUUGUGUAAAUAGCAAAUUGAGAGAUUCUGUGGAUUAUAAAAAUUCCCAUUACACUUAUAGAAAUGAAGGUAAUAAUGAAAACGAAUCAAUGCGCAGAGCAUGUAGUUUUGAAUGCAAAAUAAUGAAAAGUAACAACCAAACUAAUAUUUCAGAAAAUCAAGAAAAUUAUGAAAGUUUAAUGAAAACAUAUUCAUCAAAUGAACUACUUCAUGGUACAUUUAAGACGCAAAAUAAAAGACAUAUAUCAAAAACAGAUAAUCAAUAUGAAAAUGCUUCUUUUAUUGAAUCCUUUAAGAAUGAAUCAGACAAAAAUCGACUCGAACCGAAUGAAUACAUAAAUGAUACAUGCAGUAAUGAACAUGAGGACAUGGUUUAUAAUAAGAAGAAAAUGAAUUAUUUGAGCUGUACAACUUCGGAUAAUUCCUCAAGGAGAUAUAGUAAUGAGACAGAAUAUGAAAUUAGCACCAUGUUAAGUAAUACAGGUGGGAAAAGGAACAGCAACACAAUAAAGAGUGAAAAUGAAGAUGAGAAGGAUCAAGAUGUUAAGAAUAAAAAUGAAAGUGAUCAAAUCAGUAUGAAUUUUUCAAAUAAUUUGGACAUAAGAGAUAGUAACAGUAAAACAGAGAAGAAAAACAUCAAUAUUAUUAGCGAUAAAAAGAAUCCCAUGGGAAAUGAUGAAAAGGGGGAAGUUAAUAAUUUAAAUUGUUUUAACAAAUUAAAUUCUGAACAGAAAGUAGUAAAAGGAUACUUAACUCUAAGAAAAGAAAAAUUUAUAACACCAAAUGUAAAAAGAGUUUAUUCAUUAUGUGAAUUAUACAAUAAAAUUAUUAAUGAAUGUGAUUAUACCGACUUCUUAUCUCAAAAUUGUGCACGCAAAGUAGUUCAAAAUAGAAAAGGAAAUCCAAAUGAUAACUUCAAUGAUGAUUUCAACGAUGAUUCCGCUGGUGAUACAAAUGCUGAUACUAUGAACGACCAUUCCACGUCCAGAAAACAGAAAAUAAUGAAAAAUAGUAAAACACAAGUGGCGAAUAAGGAUCACAUACAAAGAGCGAAACGCAAUCAAUACAGCAUAGUGAAUAACGAAUUAGCAAAUGAAUAUGAAUGCCAUGAUCCAGAGAAUUUUAAAAAAGAGAUAGAAGUAGGAACUACAAAUGGAAGCCAUAGAGACGUUGAGACAACAAAAACUUUAAAAAACAUCGAAAUAAUCAACAGUAAUAUCACAGGUUCCCCUCGAAAUUUGAGAAAUGACUGUGAUGGGUUAGUCAAAUACAAGACAUCAAAGGGAAUAGUAAAAAUACCCAAAAUAUGUGUACAUAAAUUGGCUAGAAAAAAAGGGUACACUAAACUGACUUGCAUUAUUUAUAGAGGAAAAGGAGAAUUUGUUUCCUAUUUCUUAGAACGAGGAAAUAAAAAAAUUAAUAACAGAAAUAUGUUACAAAAUGAAAUUAAAGAUGAUGAAACUUAUCAUCCCCAAUUCCCCCUUAUCAAUGGAGUAAAAAGUGACAAUGCUAAAUUAAGUAUUGACGAAUGCAGCAGUGUUGGAAAUUCCACCAAAGAACAAGAUACACAGUCGAGCACGAAAUACUUUUUAAGAGAAAAAUAA